CAAGCGCAGGGGAUUAGAUUGACUUGCAAGAGAAAGCCAAUCACAGCAUAUCUAUGUAAACAGUAGCAAUUUCACAGAUAGGACAGACCUGGAGAUAGAUCUUCCAGUGUAGCCACUGAGACAUAUCAAACACACUCGCCAUGUCUACAAAGCUGUCAGCCUUGUCUCAAGAUACACACAGCAAUCUGACACAGGACCAGCUUGCUCGCAUCAUUCUAGUCAUGAAUUGGUUCAUCACCAUCAUUCAAAAAUGCAAGGCCGUUGCUCAGAGGCGACUGAAGUCACUUCCAUGCUUGGGGUUAAGUGAGGAAGACCUCACUUCAAUGCGAUCCCUCUCUGGUCCAUCUAAUAAUGGUUGUUUAUUCACACCAGCUUCAAAUCAUAGUCUUAGUCAAAGACCGACAGUAUCCAGGGAGGAAGAUAUUACUUCAAUGCGACCUGUCUCUGAUUCAUCUAGUAUGACUUAUUUACCCACACCAACUUCCGAUCUCAGUUGUAGGGGAAUAGUAUUCGCGGGGAAUCUCUUCUAUGACCUGCUUAUCGGCACUUACGACCCAGUUUCUGAAAUAAUUUAGUUUCAACAACUCAUGGAUAUUGUUCGUCUCGAUGAUCACAAGUUCACAGCCCUCGGGUCAUUAAUAAACAAAGAGAUCAUUGUUUGUUUCACACACGUGCGCGAUACUGUUAGUCACCCUGUUAUUGUGUCUAUUCCGUGUCAAG